GCCAAAUUUCAAGUCUCAUUCUUUUCCAUCAUACAAAACACAUCUGCCCAGAAGUUGUUCAUCUUCAGUUUUCAGAAAGCGAGGAGGAGAAGGUAUUUGUGCAUCGUUUCUCAUUUGAGAAGGCUACAAUCCGCAGGUCCUAGCUGACAACGUCUCGGAUAUAGGACAAUUUAUUCUCAGGGACGUGGCGGAUAUGGAGCCUCUGAUGAUUCUACUUCUGCUAGCAGGACUAGCAGGGAAGACAGCGACAGACACAACAGCAAUAGGCAACAACUCUACUUCCACAACAACAGCCCCUCCACCACCAGAGGUUAAGCUGGAGUUCAAAUUGGAGCAAAACUUCACCGCAGACUUGAAUAAUGCAUCAUCACCACAUUUUCAAGCAUUAGCAGCAAGUGUGGCUACAGUGCUGGACAGUGAUUACAAACACAAAUAUGGAUCCAGUUUCAAUCGAACAGUGGUUCUUGGUUUCAGUGAACGUUCGGUUGUGGUAUAUACUGUGCUAGUAUUCAAUAAUAACACAGCUGCUCCUACAACAACCACAGCUGCUCCUACAACAACCACAGCUGCUCCCACAACAACCACAGCUGCUCCAGCAACAACCACAGCUGCUCAAGCAACAACAACAUAUGCUGCCACAACAACCACUUCUGCUCCCACAACAACCACAGCUGCUCCAGCAACAACAACAUAUGCUCCCAUAACAACCACUUCUGCUCCCACAACAACCACUUCUGCUCCCACAACAACCACAGCUGCUCCAGCAACAACCACAGCUGCUCAAGCAACAACCACUUCUGCUGCCACAACAACCACUUCUGCUGCCACAACAACCACAGCUGCUCCAAAAACAACAACAGCUGCUCUGACCACAGUUACAACUGGUUCUUCAACCACUAUCACAACACCGGCCCCUCCACCACCAGAGGUUAAGUUGGAGUUCAAAUUGGAGCAAAACUUCACAGCAGAUUUGAAUAAUGUUUCUUCACCAGAGUUCAAAGAAUUAGCAAAUACUGUGGCUGCAGCGCUGGAAAAUGUGUACAAAAGUAAAUAUGGAUCCAGUUUCGUUCGCAUAGAAGUUAUAGGUUUCAGUCAAGGUUCAGUUGUGGUAAUCACUAAGCUGGUAUUUAACGAUACCAGCGUAGUCCCUGCGAACAGUGAUGUGGCUGCCACAAUGACAGAGGCAGUUUCAAGCAACAGCUCUAAUUUCUCUCUCCCAGUGAACACAGCCUCCAUUGUGGCAACAAAGGUCAUCGAAACAACACAACCCCCAGCAGCCACAACACCAACUUCAGCUGUGGAUGCAACAACCACAGCUGCUCCCACAUCAACCACAGCUGCUCCGACAACAACCACAGCUGCUCUAACAACAGUCACACCUUCUCCCACAACAACCACAGCUGCUCUAACAACAACCACAGCAGCUCUAACAACAACCACAGCUGCUCUAACAACAACCACAGAUGCUCCCACAACAACCACAGGUUCCCACAUAACAACCACAGCUGAUGCUACGACAAAAACAGCUGCAGCUAUAACAACCAUAACUGCUCCAACAACAUCCACAGCUGCUCCAAUAACAACAAUAGCUGCUCUUACAACAACCAUAGCUGCUCCAACAACAACCACAGCUGCUCUAACAACAACCACAGCUGCUCUAACAACAACCACAGCUGCCCCCACAACAACCACAGGUUCCCUCAUAACAACCACAGGUUCCCUCAUAACAACCACAGCUGCUGCUACGACGACAACAGCUGCAGGUACAACAACCAUAACUGCUCCAACAACCACAUCUGCUCCCCUAACAACCACAGCUGGUCUCACAACAACCACAGCUCCUCCAACAACAACCACAGCUGCUCCCACAACUACCUUAGCUGUUCCUACAACAACCAUAACUGCUCAAACAACAACCACAGCUGCUCCCACAACAACCACAGGUUCCCUCAUAUCAACCAAAGCUGCUGCUACGACAACAACAGCUGCGGAUAUAACAACCACAACUGCUCCAACAACCACAUCUGCUCCCCUAACAACCACAGCUGGUCUCACAACAACCACAGCUGCUCCCACAACAACCACAGCUGCUCCCACAACUACCUUAGCUGUUCCUACAACAACCAUAACUGCUCAAACAACAACGACAGCUGCUCCUAAAACAACCACAUCUGCUCCCUCAACAACCACGUCUUCCCUCAUAACAACCACAGCUGCUGCUACGACAACUAUAACUGCUCCAACAACAACAACAACCACAACUACUCCCACAACAACCACAUCUGUUCUAACAACAGUCACACCUUCUCCCUCAACAACCACAGCUGCUCUAACAACAACCGCAGAUGCUCCCACAACAACCACAGGUUCCCACAUAACAACCACAGCUGAUGCUACGACAACAACAGCUGCAGCUAUAACAACCAUAACUGCUUCAACAACAACCACAGCUGCUCCAAUAACAACAAUAGCUGCUCUUGCAACAACCACAGCUGCUCUAACAACAACCACAGCUGCUCCAACAACAACCACAGCUGCUCCAACAACAACCACAUCUGCAAUAACAACAACCACAGCUGCUCUAACAACAACCACAGCUGCCCCCACAACAACCACAGGUUCCCUCAUAACAACCACAGGUUCCCCCAUAACAACCUCAGCUGCUGCUACGACGACAACAGCUGCAGCUAUAACAACCACAACUGCUUCAACAACAACCACAGCUGCUCCAAUAACAACCACAGCUGCUCCAACAACAACCACAGCUGCUCCAACAACAACCACAGCUGCUCCAACAACAACCACGUCUGCAAUAACAACAACCACAGCUGCUCUAACAACAACCACAGCAGCUCUAACAACAACCACAGCUGCUCUAACAACAACCACAGCUGCCCCCACAACAACCACAGGUUCCCUCAUAACAACCACAGGUUCCCUCAUAACAACCACAGCUGCUGCUACGACGACAACAGCUGCAGGUACAACAACCAUAACUGCUCCAACAACCACAUCUGCUCCCCUAACAACCACAGCUGGUCUCACAACAACCACAGCUGCUCCAACAACAACCACAGCUGCUCCCACAACAACCACAGCUGCUCCCACAACUACCUUAGCUGUUCCUACAACAACCAUAACUGCUCAAACAACAACGACAGCUGCUCCCAAAACAACCACAUCUGCUCCCUCAACAACCACGUCUUCCCUCAUAACAACCACAGCUGCUGCUACGACAACUAUAACUGCUCCAACAACAACAACAACCACAACUUCUCCAACAACAACCACAACUACUCCCACAACAACCACAUCUGUUCUAACAACAGUCACACCUUCUCCAUCAACAACCACAGCUGCUCUAACAACAACCACAGCAGCUCUAACAACUACCACAGCUGCUCUAACAACAACCACAGAUGCUCCCACAACAACCACAGGUUCCCACAUAACAACCACAGCUGAUGCUACGACAACAACAGCUGCAGCUAUAACAACCAUAACUGCUUCAACAACAACCACAGCUGCUCCAAUAACAACCACAGCUGCUCCAACAACAACCACAGCUGCUCCAACAACAACCACAGCUGCUCUAACAACAACCACAGCUGCCCCCACAACAACCACAGGUUCCCUCAUAACAACCACAGGUUCCCCCAUAACAACCUCAGCUGCUGCUACGACGACAACAGCUGCAGCUAUAACAACCACAACUGCUUCAACAACAACCACAGCUGCUCCAAUAACAACCACAGCUGCUCCAACAACAACCACAGCUGCUCCAACAACAACCACAGCUGCUCCAACAACAACCACUCACACCUUCUCCAUCAACAACCACAGCUGCUCUAACAACAACCACAGCAGCUCUAACAACUACCACAGCUGCUCUAACAACAACCACAGAUGCUCCCACAACCACCACAGGUUCCCACAUAACAACCACAGCUGA